GAGAGAGAGAGUUUUUUAUGCAGUUACUAUGGAGCUAACCAAGGUACUAGUGCUGGUUGCCGCUGGUUGGGCCAUUUCCCAGACGCUACCUGUACAGGUCCUUAAUAAUACACCUAAUGAGAAUGAAACAGCGUUUGAAAGAAUAUUAACAAUGAACAAAGGUAUUACUGGCCAAGUACUUGAAGGUGACAUCGCACCCCACCCUGCCCCUUCUCGUGGUGUCAUGAUCUGUUCAAAGUGCUUUUGGAAUGCAUUGGAAAAUGGGACAGUUUUUGUGCCUUAUGAGCUUGCCGAUACAUACACGGAGGAAGUGAAGAAUGGAAUUAAAAAAUCCCUCAAGGAGUUUGAACUCCUCACCUGUGUGAAGUUUGUUGAAAGAAAGACAGAACGUGAUUAUCUCGGCAUAGAGUCUGGAAAUGGGUGCUGGGCAAAUCUUGGAAGAGUUGGUGGCAAACAGACUGUCAGCCUGAAUAAAAAUGGCUGUUUAUUAACCGGAACAGUCCAGCAUGAAAUGUUGCAUGCGCUGGGAUUUUACCAUGAACAGAGUAGGAGUGACAGGGCUUUGUAUGUAGAUAUCAUAUGGGAAAACAUUAAUCCAGAUUAUAAAGGCAACUUUAUUGCGGCAACGACAAAUAAUUUGGGCUUCCCGUAUGAUUAUGGCUCAGUUAUGCAUUAUCCACGAUAUGCUUUCAGCAUCAACGAUGGAUAUACUAUAAUCCCAAAACCUGAUCCUAAUGUAGCUAUUGGACAGAGAAAUGGGAUGAGUAGUCUGGAUUUAAAGAAAUUAAACACAGCAUAUCAUUGCAAUAUAUGUCGGACAAAAUUUACACUGUUUAAUUCAGGCUCUAUCUCAACUGACAACAUCAUCUUUGGACCAGAUAACACCUGUGUCUGGUUUUUUCAGGCUCAAUCGUCCCGUAAGGUUUAUCUGGAAUUCAGGGACGUCAAUAUCCCACAAUCUGCUGGGUGCAGUGACUCUUACUUGAAAAUCUAUGAUGGUGACAGUCGUGACGCAUCACUUAUUCAGGACCGGGCCUGUGGGUCUACAAUAAUACCCCCUCUAGUUUCUUCUAAUAAUAACCUGUUGAUGGAGUUUGUGAGCAAUCAGAAACCUUCUCAAAGCAAAUUUAAAGUUAUCUAUAAAGAAGUUAGCUUUGGAGGCAUUUUCACCAGAGACGUUGGGUAUGUGACGUCGCCAAAAUUUCCCAACCGGUAUCCCGACAAUGAAGAUGCUACUUAUCUUAUAAUAGCACCAUCCGGUAAAAAGGUGUCUCUGGAUUUCCGUAUCAUUCAAUUAGUAUAUUGCAAAUUUACCUGCUCAUGCAUCUGUGACUACAUCAUUAUAAUUGAUGGACCCUCCAUAAAUGGCCGAGUUAUGGGCAAAUUAUGUGGGUUUGCUUUACCUCCUCCAAUGGUAUCUACACAAAACGUAGUGAUAAUACUUUUUCACAGUGAUAGCCUAAAAGGUGCAGCUGGAUUCCAAUUAAAAUAUACGUUUGUGAACUGAUUUAGAAGAUUUCUGGAGACCAAGAUGGAAAAGUGAAAAUUCAAAUACCCAUCUAAUUUUUUUAUUUUUAUUUUAAAUAUGGAGAUAAAUGGUCCAUCAAUGCAAUAUUUCUGGAAACUAGCACUGGCAAAUAUUAUGGAAGUUGGAAUAUGUUAAAAGUUUGAACUGAAAUAUUCUAUGACAUAUAAUGGGAAUAAUGCACAACUACACAAGUUUGCAAAACAUUGUUUUUGUCUUGUGAUCAUUUAAAAAGUUUAUCCAAAAGAAUUAAAU